UAUGGUGUUUUCCCGUUGCGUGGCAAAAUGCUGAACGUGCGUGAAGGAAGUCAUAAACAGAUAAUGGAAAAUGCAGAAAUCAAUGCUCUGAUCAAAAUUAUCGGAUUGCAGUAUCGUUUGAAAUAUGACAAAGAUGAGGAUCUGAAAAGUCUCAGAUAUGGCAAAAUCAUGGAUCAGGAUGGCUCACACAUCAAGGGGCUCGUGAUCAACUUCAUUCACUAUAAUUGGCCAGUAUUAAUUCGCCGAAACUUCGUGGAAGAAUUUAUCACUCCCAUUGUUAAGGCCAGCAAAGGUUUGGGCACUUCGACAUCGAAAGAAGCCAAAGAGUAUUUCACCGAUAUGGCGCGUCAUCGAAUUCGUUUUCGUUAUUCGGGUGAGGAGGACGAUAAUUCGUUGGAUAUGGCAUUUAGUAAGAAAAAGAUCGAAGAUCGCAAAGUGUGGCUUACAAACUGGAUGGCUGAGAAAAAACUGAGACGUGAGCAAGGUCUCACCGAAGAGUACCUCUAUGACAAGGAUACACGUGCUGUUUCGUUCAAAGAUUUCGUCAACAAAGAAUUAGUACUGUUUUCGAAUACGGACAACGAGCGAUCCAUCCCAAGUUUAGUCGAUGGACUGAAACCCGGCCAGCGUAAGGUUUUAUUCACAUGUUUCAAACGAGCCGAUAAAAAAGAAGUGAAAGUUGCGCAGCUUGCGGGCGCCGUUGGUGAAAUGUCCGCUUAUCAUCACGGCGAGGCUUCACUGAUGUCAACAAUAGUAAAUCUGGCGCAAGAUUACGUUGGCUCAAAUAACAUAAAUUUGCUGCUUCCAAUUGGUCAAUUCGGAACACGGUUGCAAGGCGGCAAGGAUAGCGCCAGUCCGCGUUAUAUUUUCACUCAACUAAAGUAA